UGUGUUUCCAUGUGAAUGAUUGAGAGCUUGAUAGAGAAGGGAAAAAGAAGGCACACUUGGCCUCGUUAGGGCGAAAGAAGAAGAGCGAGAGCGAGCGAGAUAGCGGUUCUUCGCUUUUGUUUCUAGAUUUCUUUCUCUCUAACGUGUGGAUCGCCGCUGUGGACUUGCCAAUCGCUGGAGAUCUUCAUGGAGGAGAUUGGAUCCGAAUUGGACGCAUCUGAGCUGCCCGGAUCGCUGAUGCCGCUGGUGUAGAGGGCCGAUCUCGCGGUAAUUCUGGGAGUAAGAUGAAGGGGAACGGCGCCGAGGACUUGUCCCCUGGACUGUCGCAGCCGCUUGAGUGGAAAUUCUCGCAGGUGUUCGGGGAGAGGGCGGCGGGGGAGGAGGUCCAGGAAGUUGAUAUUAUCUCAGCUAUUGAAUUUGAUAAAUCCGGAGACCAUCUGGCCACUGGCGAUCGAGGAGGGCGUGUUGUUCUAUUUGAAAGGAUUGAUGUUAGGAGUCAUGGCUCCCGAAAAGACCUGGAGAAGCAAGAUUAUCCAACUAUUAGACACCCUGAGUUUCGCUACAAAACAGAGUUUCAAAGCCAUGAACCUGAGUUUGACUAUCUUAAAAGCUUGGAGAUAGAGGAGAAGAUUAAUAAGAUUAAAUGGUGCCAAACAACCAAUGGUGCACUCUUUCUUCUUUCUACUAAUGACAAGACAAUCAAGUACUGGAAGGUCCAAGAAAAAAAAGUCAAGAAGAUUUCUGAGAUGAACAUGGAUGCUUCAAAAGCCGUACAAAACGGCAGUAUUGCUAGUUCAAGUGUGACUCCUAGAAGAUGUCUUCCAAAUGGUGGAUGUUAUGAAGGGCACGACAGUCACUCAAGCAAUGACUUGUCCUUCCCCCCUGGAGGGUUUCCAUCACUGCAUCUGCCUGUGGUAGUGACGUGCCAGGAGACGAGUCUCACUGCUAGAUGCCGGAAGAUAUAUGCCCAUGCUCAUGAUUACCAUAUAAAUUCCAUCUCAAAUAACAGUGAUGGUGAGACAUUUAUAUCAGCUGAUGAUCUGCGAAUAAACCUUUGGAAUUUGGAAAUCAGCAAUCAAAGCUUUAAUAUUGUUGAUGUGAAGCCUGCAAAUAUGGAGGAUCUAACUGAGGUGAUAACGUCUGCUGAAUUCCAUCCAACCCAUUGUAACAUGCUAGCAUAUAGUAGCUCAAAGGGCUCAAUCCGGCUUAUUGACUUGCGGCAGUCAGCAUUAUGUGAUAAACAUUCUAAGAUGUUUGAGGAACGGGAGGCUCCUGGUUCAAGAUCUUUUUUCACAGAGAUCAUUGCCUCAAUUUCGGAUAUUAGAUUUGCAAAGGACGGAAGACACAUCCUUAGCCGUGAUUACAUGACUCUUAAGCUAUGGGACAUAAACAUGGAGUCUGCUCCUGUAGCAACUUUUCAGAUUCACGAGUAUUUAAGGCCUAAGCUAUGUGAUCUGUAUGAGAAUGAUUCGAUCUUUGACAAAUUUGAUUGCUGCCUAAGUGGCGAUGGGUUACGUGUGGCAACUGGUUCUUAUGGCAAUCUUUUCCGUGUUUUCGGCUGUAUUCCUGGAAGCAACGAAGCAGCAACUUUGGAGGCCAGUAAAAAUCCAACAAGGCGACAAGUGCAAACCCCCUCAAGGCCGGCAAGAUCUUUGAGCAGCUUUGCACGUGUUGUCAGACGAGGAGCAGAAAGCCCAGGAGUCGAUGCCAAUGGAAAUUCAUUUGAUUUCACAACAAAGCUACUCCAUUUAGCAUGGCACCCGACAGAAAAUUCAAUAGCCUGUGCUGCUAUGAACAGUUUGUACAUGUACUAUGCCUGAAGAUGGCACCGGAAGGAAGGUCACUUUUGUGCCUCCUCCUUUUUUAAUGUUAAUUUUGGUUUGCUUCAGAAGGCUGGUUGUUACUUGCAAUGAGCAAGGUGCAGGAGAAUAUGUAGGUCACUUUUACAUGAUUACGGUCGGUGUCGGCACCAGCUAACGAUGUUAUGCAAAUUCACGAGGCAAUUCGUAUCUUCCACCACCACCACCAGUGGCAGCAGCUUCUUCAGAUUAUUAUUAUUAUUGUUAUUAUUAUUUCUUUUUUUUAUUAAAAGGAUUGCAAAUGUUUUCUAGUCAUGGCCGAUUUGGAGGUCCCAAGUAAUUGUAGCUCUCUUGCAACUAAUACAGAAGCCAUUUUCAUGUUAGAUUUUCCAGUGGGCUGCUGUGAGAUGGCUUCAUGAAUGCUUGUAUCGUCGGACUUUGCACGAUGAAGCUUGUGAAGGUUCUUAUCAUGUUUACUGUUCA